UGCCAAAGACGGUACGACCACUGGUGUUUCUGCCAAAGAUAGGGCAAAGACAGUUAAAAUGCUCGCAUCACUCGAUUCAAAUCCCGAUGACUUCAAUCGCCCUGGCCAUAUCUAUCCACUGAAAUACAGAGAGGGUGGCGUUUUCAAGAGAGCUGGGCAUACAGAAGCAUCCAUUGAUCUGGCUGUGCUGGCUGGAUUAGCCCCUGUUGGAGUUCUAUGUGAGAUUGUUAAUGGAGAUGAUGGCUCGAUGGCUCGGCUGCCAAAGCUACAUGAAUUUGCCAAGAAAGAAAAAUUGAAACUAAUUUCAAUUGCAGAUUUGGUAAGAUAUAGAAGAAAAAGAGUUAAGUUAGUAAAACGAGUCUCGGAUGCUCGAUUGCCCUUAAAGUGGGCUUCUGUUCAGGCCUACUGCUAUCAUUCUGUUGUUGAUGGCACGGAACACAUUGCCAUGGCUAAAGGAGAUAUUGGAGACGGCCUAGACAUCCUGGUGAGGAUGCAUUCUGAGUGCCUUACUGGUGACCUAUUUGGAUCAGCUACAUGCGACUGCAGCUGUCAGCUGGAGAUGGCCAUGAAAAUGAUUGAAAAAGCCGGCAGGGGUGUGCUGGUUUACCUUCGAGGGCGCGAAGGAAGGGACAGUGGACUUGGUCACAAGCUUAGAGCUUACGACUUGCAGGAAUAUGGCGUUAUUGCACAGAUACUGCAAGACCUUGGCGUUCGAUCGAUGAAGUUAAUGACGAACAACCCUGGCAAAUAUGCUGGGCUUAAAGGCUAUGGAUUGAGCAUCACCAGCAGGGUUCCUUUGCCAACUCAGGUAAUUACAGAGAACAGAAGUUACUUGAAGGUGAAAAGCGUUUAAUUGAGCAUGUGUAUCGGUCGGAAUUCAAUGGUCAUGUCAUUGCAAGUGAGAAAGCAACAGAACUAACAAAAACGAUGUGGCCUUGUUC